AUGAGUGACCAGAAACUGCAUGGUCAGUCCCAUGGGACUCCAGGAAGUACUAGCGACGUUCCUCCUGCUAAACGUCCUUGUAUGAACGAUACGCCACCCAUCGCAGGAACACCCGAUGAUGGCAGUGACUUCUACAACACGCCCUGGACCGCAGGAACGCCUGUGAACAAUAACGAAGACAAAAAUGUUGUCGCGACAAGUCAACCGAGCGAGCCAUCCGCGUCUCCUAAUCCAGCUCCUAUAAUCCCAGGAUUAAAUCUCGUCAACGAGUCUUUCAAGGAUAUGCAGCCGGCGAAUAACGAAUCGAAUCCACCCCAGAAUCCAGAAAAUGAGAACAUUGUUGCAGACACCAAUGUUGACGACCAGACCGAAACCACCCAGAACAAACCAGAGACCACCGCGCAACAGGAGCCAGUGCCUGUAGCCGGAGAAGCGAUGGAGGUGGAGCAAAAUGGCGAGCAGCACAACCAAGAAGUCGCAAACCAGAGGUCGAACGAGACCGGCGCGGCACCUGCCCCUGAUGCCAUGGAUACUACUCUGCCCGAGAACGAAGACGAGCACCCGGAAUGGGAGGUUGACUCUUCUCCAUACGAGUCGUCUUCUGACAGUUCGACGGAUUCCUCAGACGACAGCGAUGACAGUGAUGACGAAGACUAUCCAAUCCUUAGUGCCGAAGAACAAGCCCGAAUUCUGAUGCAGGCAGAACUUGGCUCUGAUGACGAAGGAGAAGGCAAGGGUAAAUCGGGCGGACAUAUCAAAACGGCAAACGAAAUAGUAGAUGAUGUGCCGCCCAUCCCAGACAUUACAGUUACUCCCGAGAUGAAAACAGUUUUCCUGGGUAGUAUCACCGCAAUUGUGGAAAACACAAUUCUCAUCGAGGCCAGUGUUUCGGGAGAAUAUCAGGUGCUCGAGUCAGGCUCAUUGCUUUGUCUCGAAAACCGGAACGUCAUCGGAGUGGUCUCUGAAACAUUGGGCCGAGUCGAGAAUCCAUUGUAUGCUGUUCGAUUCCCAAGUGCUGCCGAUGUCGAGCAACACGGUCUAUCUAAAGGAACGAACAUAUACUAUGUCGAGCAACACUCUACAUUCGUCUUCACCCAGCCCCUCAAAGGAAUCAAGGGAAGCGAUGCAUCGAAUUUCCACGACGAAGAAAUUGCUGAGGAUGAAGUCGAAUUUUCCGACGACGAAGCAGAGGCUGAAUACAAGCGAAAGCUGAAGCAGAAGCGUCAGGAGAGAAAGGACGCCAGGAAUGAGAACGGUCCAGCGAGAGCGAAAAAGGGACAACCUGGCCCAUCGAAACUCAGUCACACUGAACUCAACUAUGAUGACGAUGCAGGUGAAGAUGGGUACACUCCUCUUGCCCGCCCAAAAAAUUUGCACGAGAUUAUGGGCCAACAAGAGGCACCGGUCGAGGGCGAUGGCCCCUCUGCUAGAGGCUCUGGCUUCCGUGGUGGUCGAGGCCGAGGCCGAGGUGAUCGUGGUCGUGGUGGGCGUGGUAGAGGAGGGUCUCGCGACUUCCGCGAUCAAAACUCUCGUGAUUCUCGGCCACAGGCCCAUCAGCCAAGACCAGCUACGGACUCUCAACCUCAACCUGCAAGCUACGGCCAGCAGGCUUACCAGCCGGCACAGCAAGGUGCUUACGGACUGCCUCAGCAAUUCCCAUUUGCACCUUUCCAGCAGCAGCAGCAACCAUAUGCUCAAAGCGCAACCCCACCACAGUUCCCCUUCCAGAUGCCUCAGAUGCCUCAAAUGCCGUAUCAACAGCAGUUUCAACAAACUAACCCAUAUAUCAACCCUCUAUUCUUAGCUGCCCUGCAACAGCAACAGCAGCAAUAUCAGCAACCACAGCAGGCAGCUGGACAGCCGCAGGGCCAGAACCCAUCAAUGAAUUUUGAUCAGGUCAAGGCGCAAUUGGAUCUUUUGCGACAAUUGAGCAACCAAAACCAAGGGCCACCACCCCAGUGA